AUGAGGCUCUUAUUGCUUAUAUUGUUAACUACUUCAUACUUUGCUUCGUGCAUUCAACUGCUGCCAUUACUGUAUAAUAAUGAUGAGAAAGCUCAUGUAGUGGAAAACGAAAGUGAGAUUGACGCCAAUUUGCUUAAGAGUGCUGUCGCAAAUGAUUACAGUAUUGUGGUUGGACUGUCAAAUUCUGUUAUAGCGAAUAUACGAUUCGAUUUACAAGAGGAAGCUCAUUUAAUUGAAAGAGGCUGCGGCAAAGGUCACUUUGAUGAAUACGCUAUUAUUGAAAGUGGUGAUGAAUUAGGCGCUUGGGAGAGAGCUUCUGAUUGCAUUUAUUGUGCUCAAAAUCAACAGGGUGCUUGUGGUGGCAAUAUGAACAUCAAAGCUAAAGCAAAAGUUAACAUUACAAAAGCAGAGUUUAAGUUGUUGAAAAAGAAUUCAACUUCAAAACUUACCACAUCAUACAAAAUAAAAAAAAAGAAGUACCCUUGUACCAUUAGUGGGUUUGAAAAUGUCACACAAGUACAAUACCAAGUGACAAAACGCUGGGCAUUAAUACAUAAACGAACCUGUGUUUCUAAAUGUGCCUCAAAUUGCGCCGACUGGGAAGAACCAUAUCGUAUUGAAGCUAUUAUAAAAAAGGGUCAAGUUAAUUAUAAGUGUGCUACAGGUUAUGAUAACGUUAGCUGUAAUUUUUGA